AUGAGUGGAUAUAAUCAAGAUCAAGUAAGGGAUAUGAUAGUGGCCUAUUACUCAAAUCUGCUGGGAUCCGAGUUUCUAAUAUUGUGUCCUUCUCUGUGGAAGAUAUUAGAGGGAUUCAUCCUUACAGGUGCUCGGAAUCCUUGGGACAUCAGCUUAAGGCAAACCUAUUACAAGAACAAAACUUUUGGGAAUCUUGGUGUACCCCAAAGGAUUGUGGAGAUAUGUUUGCUUCGUUCGCUGGCUCGGCCUUUCCUGUAUUGUGAAGUCGGUUAUGGCUCCUCAUCGAGCUUCUGGUUGGAUAAUUGGACAGAUAUGGGACCUUUGAUUGAUCUUUCCGGAGCUAGUGGUCCGAGAUCUACUGGGCUGCAUAUCAAUGCAGUGGUGUCGGAUGCAAUAAGGGACGGGGAUUGGUGGCUUUCUUCUUCUGGAAGCUGGAAUCCUAUUAUUUCUCUGAUUCAUUCUUGUCUUCCGGAGGUGGAAGGUAUAUUGUCAAGUGAAAGUGAGGACAGUUUUUGGUGGAAAAUUGGGAACAAUCCUCCUUCACCUUCCUUCUCGACUUCCCUCACUUGGGAGUUCCUGUUUCUACCGGGAAACGUGGUUAUGUGGACUCACGAAGAAUCUCGUCAGCACAUGUUUUUCGAUUGUCAGUUCAGCAAGGAGGUCUGGUUUUUCUUCACUUGGGCGGCCAAUCUCACUUGUCCUACUCUCUUUGAUGAUGUUGUGGUUUGGAUAAUCAAUGCGUCUCUUAAUCCGAAUGUCAAAUCUAUUAUCAAGCUCCUAUUUCAAGCAACCAUUUAUCUCCUUUGGAAGGAUAGGAAUUCUAGGCUUCACUCUUCUAUCUCGAGACUAUCUGGAAGCGUUAGGGAAGAGAUCAAGUCAGUUACCCGUCGGAAAAUUGAUCCUAUGUCAAGAGCUCAGCGUAACUUGCCAUCUACAGUCUCUCUUCUAACAAUCUGGUUCUCUGUGUUCUAG